CUCUGAGCCUACCUGCGCAGCUUGUUCGGUGGCGGCUAACCUUUCGCCAGAACUGGCGGUUUCUUCAGGGAAUCCGUUAUGGCCGGUAGAGGGGAGUUUUUCCAAAGUUUCCUUGAGGGUUUGGAGAGGAAAAACGCCCUGCAGAGCUGGAGUGGACGAUUCCAGCCGGGCUGGGGGCGACAACAGUCGGGUCCGGGUCGAGGACGGGGGUGGAAGAAGGAAAGGAGGAAGCAGCCAAGGGCAGCAGCUAACAGGCAGCCUGGAGGCUGGUCAGGACCGAAAACAGAGGAUAACAGAAGAAGACUGACGAAGUACCCACCCAGGGAAAACAUCAUAGAGAGGCUGCCAUCAGAGAUCCUGAUAAAGAUUCUGUCGUACCUGGACGCCACCUCGCUGUUUUCCAUCAGCUACGUCAGCAAACUCUUCAACCAGCUCGCCAAUGAUGAUGUCAUGUGGCAUAAGAUCUACAUGUCACAAUUCGGGAGUCACACAUGGAAACCAAGGUCUGCAGAUGAUCUGGUGCUGAAGGCUGACCAGGUGGAAAUGGUGGAUCAUUUGGCGGAUGAUCAGUCUGUAGGCGAUCAGUCUACCAGGCACUGGAAGAGGAUGUACUUCAGAGCCAUCGCAGGACAGGAGAUGAAAAAAUGGAGGAGAGAGCUGAGAGAGAUCAGCCCUUACACCGGGCUGCCCAGACAGACUGAGUGGAUCCUAAGGAACCUGAAUGUGAGCUGGGAGCUGACGGUGUGGGAUUGCUACGGGCGGAAGAACACGCUAGAGCAGAGCCGAGCGUACUUCUUCGAGUCGUCUGUGAUCCUCCGCUGGAGUGGAAGCUUCUUCCCCAACUACCAUAAGAUCAAGAGCAUCGAGCUGUACGGAGUCAGAAAGGAGGCACAGAAGAAUCCACGAGACAGGAAGCCCAGCUGGCGCUCUCUGAUCUCUAAACUCAACAUGAGGACUCAGUCUGGUCAAUUCAUCGGCCAGGACAGUCUGGUCAAACUCGUGCUUCUGUUUCCAGGCUUCAUCAUCGGCAUCUGGCGGGGGACGACAAAUGUGGCCUUCAUCAUGGUCAGUCUGCACUUCAACAAGCUGGUAGAGAAAAGUCUGCUGGGGUCUCCUGUCUGCCCGUACUCUGAGCCUGUGGAACUGUUACCUGCUGACACCUCUGACCCUGAGUUUGGUCUGCACGGCUUCAUGCUGCACUUCGUUCUGCACAACACCGGCACUGAGAUCAUGUCCGGACACUUCCUCCCGCUCGGCUGUCCCAGAGCUCAGAUCUGGCAUGACUUUGUGGAGCUGAAAGUCAUCAACAGGACCAACCUGUCCCAGCACAGAUCGCUGUCGGGGAACAUCAAGCUGCCCUGGAAGAGCGAGGAGCUGGAGGGCUCAGUGGAGAACUGCUGCAUCAUGACGCUGACCCUGCUGGAUGAGUUCCAGAAACCCUUUUGGUGCGUCAGCUCGCCCUGCUGGAUCACGAUGGCGAAGACAACUCAGUCCCUGGACUACAGCGGCGACCACUUUCAGAUGGAGUACCAGGACGAGGAGGGUAAGGUGACCAUGAAGCUGGUGUGGUUAAAAGAGCAGAAACAGUUCUUCCUCGUCAGCCUCGUCCUUUUCCUUUCUGUUUCCAAAGUCAACAAACGUUUCAGCACUGAUUACUAAAACAGCACGGCUCCGAGGUUUGGUUUAUGAUUUUCACAGUUCUAAAGCAUCAACUGUUAAAUGAGUUAUUGUUUAUUUAAGUAUAUUUAUUAUGCUGAAGAAAGUCUGACAGAAUAUUUUACGUUUAUGCUGUUGAAGCUUUAUGUGUUAGUCUGAACUGUUUGCAGCAGAAAGAAUCAUUAAUUUAACUUUAGAAAAAGAUCUAAAAUUCUGUUUUUGCAGAUUGUUCAUGUUGGAAGUAUAUUCCCGAUUUUACGAUCAAGUAGACUUUUGGGUUAAUAAUAAACUUGUCUCAGUAAAGAUAUUUUUUACUUGAAUUAUAAAAAAUGCAUUUGGCAUUGAUUUUGGAAGACCCUUUGUGCAAAGGCAUGCAUUUGUUUAAUACAAUCAUCAAAUUUUUCUAAUGUUCAUGUUCCUUCAUCAGCCACACAAAUAAAAAUAAAAAUAAAUAUUGCAAAAUUCUGCUUUUUCUGUCAA